AUGAAUCCAUAUAAAGUCUUGACCUAAUAGCGAAAACUAGGGUUUUUCUCUGUGAAUUCGCUCGGCGGCAUAAAAGAGAGUAAGAAGAGGAAGACGAGAGUUACAAGGAUUGAAAAUGAAGGGACGUCAAGGAGAGAGAGUUAGAUUGUAUGUUCGUGGAACAGUCCUCGGCUACAAGAGGUCCAAGUCGAACCAAUAUCCCAACACUUCUCUCAUCCAGAUUGAAGGUGUGAACACUCAAGAGGAGGUCAAUUGGUACAAGGGUAAGCGUUUGGCUUACAUCUACAAGGCAAAGACAAAGAAGAACGGUUCUCACUACCGUUGCAUUUGGGGCAAAGUCACUAGGCCUCAUGGUAACAGCGGUGUUGUCCGUUCUAAGUUCACUUCAAACCUACCACCCAAGUCAAUGGGAGCUAGAGUCAGAGUCUUCAUGUACCCUAGCAACAUAUGAGGUAACAACAAACUCAUUUCAGUUUUACUUUUGAUCCAAUAGUCCCGUUUAUUGCAUUCAUUUCAGUAGAAUUGAACAACACUGAUUCUGUAACUUGAUAUUUAAGAUUAGUUGUUUCAUUUUGCUUCUCUAAUGGAGAAACCAUGUCAACAAGGCUAUAUCUAUUUGAAAGGAGGAUAGAUUUCAAGAAGUAUCGGAAGGAAUCGCCAUUAUCAUUUCUCAGGAGCUGUAGUUUAUCUAUUCACUUUUGUUCUAAACUCUCUGUUGGUUUUGAUUUUAUCUUUAGACGAAGUAAAACAUUUUUCUUCUUGAGAUAAUAUUAAUGGAACUUCAGAAAACCUAUGAUCCCAGUCAUUUCCUUAUUUAUUGGGUGGAUAGGCAUUUGGAGUUGCAAGUAGCUUCUCACUUAUUUUUUCCACUUUGAUAGAUUCGUGCUCCUUUUGUUUCUCUAUUUUUUCUCUUUUGGCUUCUGCAAUUUUCUCAAUUUCAGCAAGGCAAUAUCAAAAUGUGAAUUCUAACAAGAACAAGUAAAAGAGAUAUCGAGAUGCUUUAGUAUAAUGGGGCAGAUCUAGAAAGUGACUUAAUAAUGGAAAGUGAUGGCUUCAACCGCCUCAGCUCCAAACGUCUCUUCCGCUCUAAAUCAAAAGCUCCCGUCUCCAGAUCUGAGCCUUCUUCCUUCAGCUCAAAUGCUUCUUCCUCUUCCUCCAUCAAUGGUUUUGGUUUUAGUUGUUGAUUGCGAGGGGAGCGACCAGAAGAUUUGAAACCGAAAGAUCUCAUGAAACUCUAAAAAGUAAUGACCUUCUAGCUUAUGCUAUGACUCUUAUCAAUUUCUUCUUUUUUG